AAUUCAUGUUAUGUUUGAAAGCUAAAUGGCGUCGACUGUGGUGAAAAUAAGUAUUUUAAAAAGUAUUUAACGUACCUUUAAGAGUAGGCAGUGAAUGUUGACUUGCAACUAUGCUGCUUGGUGGAAGUGCUGGACGACGACAUGAACAUUUGGAACAAACAAGGAUGAAGAGAAAGGAAGCGGAGGAGGAGUUUCUUGGAAUCCUUUUGACCAAACAACAACUUCUGUUCUUCAAGGCUUUCUUCAUCACGAAUAAGGAUCAACUUCUCUCAAAACCUCGGUGAUGGCAGUUUCUGUCCCGAGGGUUCUGGAAUUACAAGUCCAAGAGGACGCCAAUGCAGUGAAACUGACAGACAAACAGCAAGACGUGUGUGGUGCGAACCAGAAAGGACAGCCCAAAUGUCUCGGGGCGAGUCAGAUUAUGCUGGGACUGAUGAUCAUGUCCUACUCUAUUCCUCUGCACUUCACUGAGUUCACUCAGGUGGUUUUCCUGGGAGUACCAUGGUGGAGUGGCCUGGUGUUUAUCAUUGCUGGAGUGGUGGCUGUCAUCUUGGACAAACGCUGUACAACAUGGACUUACCGCAUGUCCAUGAUGGUGAACGUGGUAUCUGUGGUGCUGUCCAUUGUGGCUGUGAUCAUCUAUUCUGUGGACCUGGACAAAAACCCAGAGUUCCCCUGUGAAAGGAGCAUACAUCACAACGUCUGUAGCGAAAGAUUCUACGCCACAAGACUGUCCAGAGGACUAAAAUCCUUCCUGCUAUUGUUCACACUGGCCCAGACUGCAGUGUGUGCCACUCUUUGCAUCCUUCUCUACAGACACAAACGCACCAUUGGGUUGUAUGCUCCUUUUCCUGGAUCUGCUUCAUCUCCUCCAAGAGUCCUCAUAACUCCCGACCAGUGCUGAUCAGUCACAUCACAACAUCAACACUUUUUGUACAUUAAGGAUGCAAAAACUAUAUGAAGGGUUAAAUGUGACAAUAUUAGAUAAAUACAUACAUUUUUAAAGAAUUACUUAAAUAGGUUAUUAUAUUGGAAUGAAAAACAUAAAUAUGUGUAAGUUUAAUGUAAAAGUAUAUUUUAAUCGUUUAAUAAAUGAUUGAUUUCAUUAUUUCUUAAUUUAACCAAUUAUUUCACGAUGUUAUUGAUGAGGGCUUCAUGAAGUCUGUAAAACUCGCCUGUCACAGUCCAAACACCUGAUUGAUUACCCAGCAGAGAAGUACUGGUCGAUAUCUUGGUCGGAAAGUGCAGAAAUAACUCUGACAACUGCAAUAAAUUCCUCUACUUUAACUGCUACAUGCUUCGGGUCUCUAUAAGGUCUAAAAUAUAAAAAUACCACCAACUCCUGCAAAAGUAUUCCCUCCUUAGCCGCCAUAUUUCGAAAGACGUCCAAAAGUUCCGGGCUUCAAGCUGCAGCAAUCAAUCAAAAUGUAUUCAUGUAGUCAUCAAUCACAAGUGUCUUAAAAAUCUUUAAAACUCACAACGACAUCCCCUGAUUUAAAACCACAUCCAAUCAUCAAACUAAAAUCAUUUAGGCCCCGCCCACUGACUUUGAUGGAUACAAUAAAUUCAUGAGGCGCUGACAUGUUCAUGACAAAGUUAAAUAAAAUAUUCAAUCUAGAAAUAAAUAUUGGAAUUAUAAAAAUAAUAAUUCAAUUCUUGUACUUUUACAAAACCCAAAACCAGUGAAGUUGGCACGUUGUGUAAAUCGUAAAUAAAAACAAUGAUUUGCAAAUCCUUUAACUUAUAUUCAAUAGAAGAGACUGCAAAGACAAGAUAUUUAAUGUUGGAACUGAGAAACUUUUUUGCAAAUAAUCAUUAACUUAGAAUUCAAUGGCAGCAACACAUUGCAAAAAAGUUGGCACAGGGGCAUUUUUACCACUGUGUUACAUGGCCUUUCCUUUUAACAACACUCAGUAAACGUUUGGGAACUGAGGAGACCAAUUUUUGAAGCUUUUCAGGUGGAAUUCUUUCCCAUUCUUGCUUGAUGUACAACUUAAGUUGUUCAUUAUGUCUCUGUUGUGGUAUUUUAGGCUUCAUAAUGCGCCACACAUUUUCAAUGGGACACAGGUCUGGACUACAGGCAGGCCAGUCUAGUACCCGCACUCUUUUACUAUGAAGCCACGCUGUUGUAACACGUGGCUUGGCAUUGUCUUGCUGAAAUAAGCAGGGGCGUCCAUGAUAACACUGCUUGGAUGGCAACAUAUGUUGCUCCAAAACCUGUAUGUACCUUUCAGCAUUAAUGGUGCCUUCACAGAUGUGUAAGUUACCCAUGCCUUGGGCACUAAUACACCCCCAUACCAUCUUUUUUGCCACUUUUGCCAGCUUUUUUGAAACAUGUUGCUGGCAUCAAAUUCCAAAUGAGCUUAUAUAUGCAAAAAAUAACAACGUUUUCUAGUUCGAACAUUAAAUAUCUUGUCUUUGCAGUCUAUUCAAUUGAAUAUAAGUUGAAAAGGAUUUGCAAAUCAUUGUUUUUAUUUACCAUUUACACAACGUGCCAACUUCAUUGGUUUUGGGUUUUGUACAUGAAAUACUUGGACACUUUUAGUAACACAUUUACGUACCGUAUUUUCCGCACUGUAAGGCGUACCUAAAAAUUCCAAUUUUCUCAAAAGCUGAGAGUGCGCCUUAUAAUCCGGUGCGCCUUACAUAUGGACCAAUAUUGAGCCACAACAGGUCUCGCAACCCCAGCCUCUACUGUAGCGUCUAUUCUAUGCGCCUUAUGAUCCAGUGCGCCUUAUAUAUGAACAACGUUUUAAAAUAGGCCAUUCAUUGAAGGUGCGCCUUAUAAUCUGGUGCGCUUUAUAGUGCGGAAAAUACGGUAUUCAAUUCCAAUCAUAAAUAAUGACACACAUAACAAUUCCAAGAUAUAUUUAUUUAAUUUUGUCACAUUGGACCCUCCAUAAAACUAAUCCAAUGUAUGCUAAGCUAUCUGAACAAAACAUCCACACUUUGGCUUUGUGUUAUAGCUGACAAAGCAAAUAAUCCAAAUGAUUUUAUUAUACAUGUUUUUAUAUUUCACAUACCACUCAUGCAAAUGUGAAUGUUGUCAGUGUGUUUAUCUAUCUAUCUGUGUUGGCCCUGCGAUGAGGUGGCGACUUGUCCAGGGUGUACCCCGCCUUCCGCCCGCAUGCAGCUGAGAUAGGCUCCAUCCCCCCCGCGACCCCAAAGGGGACAAGCGGUAGAAAAUGGAUGGACAUACCACUAACAGCAAGUAUAAAAGUGCUGACUCACUUUAUCAUUCGUCAAUGGUCAUCAGCUGUGAAAAUGUGGCUUUUUAGUGCAUGAAUCAACACGUGUAUUGAGAUUUACUGUCCAUUUACAUGUCAAUUAAAGGGGUCAUUUUAGGGUUUUUUCUUUA